UCUUUCUAAUUCGCCUUCACAACAUAAUUUAAAUUGAAACAGAAAAGCUAAUAAAUUGAACAUUACCUUGAAUAUUCAUAAUAAUAAGUACCUACAGGGUGUUCUAAAUCUGAAGGGAUAUCUGUAACCGUUAUAGAUACCAGGGUAAGUAAAUUAGAUCUUAGGAAAUCCAUUGGCCUUUUGCUUGCAUCGUCCAGAAGCUUCUUCAAAACUCGAGAAUCUUGCUAUUUAGCGAUCAAUUUUAUCAAAUUAUCUGGCAAAAGGCUCGAUGCCAAAAUAAAAAUAGAUAUAGAUAGCAUUACAUUUUGUUAACAUCCAGAUAAUAAUAGAUACCUCCUAGAUAUAAAAGCAACUGCUAAAACCAUCCUAGAUUCAAUUUUAUCUGGACCAAGAAUCAACCAUCAUGCUCCAUUUACAGAAUAUUUUCUUCAGGUAAGGCGAUAUCGUAUUCUUGAAUUUCACACGAAAAUUCAAAAAUAGCUCCGCAGUUUGAAUACACCGAGAGCGUCGCAAGGAGGGCCUCCCUACCAUCCAGAUUUGGUACCGUGUGCAAACAAGCCUAUAGACUAGGCCAGAUCGGCCUGUGCACGUUGCAUUCGAAUAACGGUGGUUGUUUCUGAGAGACAAUCUAAUUUUUUUUAGUUUUCAUUUUUAACGAUCCGACCAGGUCGACUAAACAACAAUCAAAAUGCCUUUCAAGCCAGUCGAAAACCCAAAAUGCCCCAAAUGCCAAAAAUCAGUCUACGCCGCCGAAGAACGUGUAGCUGGUGGAUACAAGUUCCACAAAACCUGCUUCAAAUGCGGUCUUUGCGGAAAAAUGUUGGACUCUACCAACGUAACUGAACACGAAGCCGAACUUUACUGCAAGAACUGCCACGCCCGUAAAUACGGACCCAAAGGUUACGGUUUCGGCGGUGGCGCUGGAUGCCUUAGCAUGGACACUGGCGCCCAUCUCCAAGGGGACGAUAUCGUGAUUGGCAGAGCCCCAUUGAUUUCUAAGGCUAUCGCCAAGGCUCCAGAAGGUGAAGGAUGCCCUAAAUGUGGAGGUUACGUUUACGCAGCCGAACAAAUGCUUGCCAGGGGACGUGCGUUCCACAAAACUUGCUUCAAAUGCGGCGAUUGCAACAAAGGAUUAGAUUCCGUCAACGUUACCGAGGGUCCCGAUAAAGAGAUUUAUUGCAAAGUGUGUUACGGAAAGAACUUCGGUCCGAAAGGUUACGGUUACGGCCAAGGAGGCGGUACUUUGCAAAGCGACACUUUCUCAGUCAGCGGUCAAGCACCAAGAAAUACAGUCAUCGAUACUGCUUGUAUCAAAGCGGCACCGGGACAAGGUUGUCCGCGUUGUGGAGGUGUCGUAUUUGCGGCUGAAGAAGUUUUGGCCAAAGGACGUCCGUGGCAUCGCAAGUGCUUCAAGUGCCACGACUGCACCAAGACUCUGGAUUCGAUUAUCGCUUGCGACGGUCCCGAUCGCGACGUUUACUGCAAGACUUGCUACGGCAAGAAAUGGGGACCUCACGGUUACGGGUUUGCUUGUGGUAGUGGAUUUUUGCAGACCGAUGGAUUAACCGAAGAAGAAAUAUCCAAAUCUCGUCCAUUCUACAACCCAGACACCACGUCUAUCAAAGCGCCACCCGGCCAAGGAUGUCCCCGUUGCGGCGGUAUGGUAUUCGCAGCCGAACAACAACUAGCCAAAGGCACCAUGUGGCACAAAAAGUGCUUCAACUGUGCCGAAUGCCACCGUCCUUUGGACUCGACUUUGGCUUGCGACGGUCCGGACAAGGAAGUCCACUGUCGCGCUUGCUACGCCAAACUUUUCGGACCUAAAGGGUUCGGGUUCGGACACACUCCGACUUUGGUGUCCGACGGUGUCGCUCCAAUUAUUCACGAUGCUCGUCCUAAUAGUGGACCACGUUGCGCUCCUGGACAAGGUUGCAAGCGGUGCGGGUAUGCUGUUUUCGCUGCUGAACAGAUGGUUAGCAAGAGUGGAAUGUUCCAUAAGAGAUGCUUCAGCUGCGCCGACUGUAGCCGUUCGUUAGACUCUACCAACCAAAACGACGGUCCCAACGGUGAAAUCUACUGUAGAGGAUGCUACGGACGCAACUUUGGACCAAAAGGAGUCGGUUUUGGUAUGGGCGCUGGUACCUUGACAAUGGCUUAAGAUCUACAACAGUUUGAUUUGAAGCUUUUCAAAGUAAAACGAAGACGACACAGGCCUGGACAAAUUUACCAUCAAUUAAUUGUCUUGAGUCUUACUUUGGGAAGCUUUUGUUUGUAUAUUCAUUACACUUAACUUUUAAACGAGGAUAUCCCCAAUAUUAAUGAUGCUUUAAUUAUUGACAAUUUGCGCAAAUUAUCUCCUUAGUUUUAAUCUUAGGCUUUGUUUUGAAAGGUAUUUUUCUAUAAUUAUUAUUAUUCCAUUAAUAAUAUAACGAAACUCAGAGGGAAAUUAAGACUCAGAUCGCUAUGGCUUCCGGACGCCAGAGGAGAAAAUGAAUCGUAAGGUAUUCUUCGAACGAAAUACUCAUAUAUAAUAAAGGUCGACCUGAGAAAAUUGUUUAUUUUUUUUGUUUUUUGUAUAUAUCUACACUGGCCAUUUUUAUGUGGUCUACAUUUUUAAGUGAACAGAUAUGCUUUACUUAGCGCUUCUUGGCAACAUUGUGUAACGUUUUUAUUUUUGCUGUAUAUUUAUCGAAUAAAUUUUAGAUUUGAAAUAAAAUGUAAGUAUUUUGUGUUUUA